AUGGGACAUUGGCGGAGCAUCAUACUUGUUAUUGUUAUAUCAUUGACAAAUUUACGUUUAUCUCAUGCACACAAGAAAGAGCAACAAGACUAUGUUCAUAUGCAUAGUUGUAUUAGAAAAGCAUUGGGUUUGCCUCCGCUAUGUUGGGACGCUAAAGUGGCUAAACGAGCAAGGGCGUGGGUCAACAAAAGGAAAGAUUGUCAAAUGAUACACUCCGAAGGGGGCGGUGAGAACAUGGCUAAAGGUCCCAACCUCAAUGCUUUGUGGGCAGUGCAAAUGUGGCUUGAUGAGAGAAAGGACUAUGAUGUCGACAAAAAUGAGUGCACGGCUAUGUGUGGUCAUUAUACUCAAAUAGUUUGGAAAGAUACACUACGCCUUGGAUGUGCUAGGGCUAGAUGUGAUCCUCCUAACCAGGAUUUCUACAUGGUGGUUUGCAAUUAUGACCCUCCAGGGAACUACCCUGGCGUGCGUCCUUAUUAA